AACACAGAGUCACACGUGACAGCGCGCGGUCGCAUUGUGAGCGAGCGGACAAAGGAACGAUCCCGGUCCGCGUCGUUGUUGAGACCGAGCCCCGGCGGCGGCGGCCAGGUGAGCGGACAGGCGUCAUGACAACCGACCUCCCCUCGAGCAUCUGCCCCGAAAUGAAGCAGAGUCGCCCGCUGCGUUCGCACCGCGGUGUCCGGUGAACUUCUCCCCCGCGCCUGGACCCCGGAGCCUCCGGAGCGGACAGCGACGUCAGCGGCGCUCUCCUCCGCUCACACGCAGCUGGCAGCGGGUAAACAAAGCCGGAGUCCCUUUGUGUGUCGCCGCUUCAUUUCAGCGGGUCUACUCGCCUCUGCUCCGGUGCUGCUCUCCGGGCUGGCGCCUGUCGUUAGCUCGCUAGCCGAAGCCCUUUAGCCUCGACAUUUUUUUCUUCUUCUAGCUAACGUUUUAAUCUGCUCGUCUCCUCUCCACUGGCUGGAUGAGAUGUCAUUCACCAUGGAGGACAACUUGGAGUCCGGGUGGGUGUCCGUCCGACCCCGGCUCUUCGACGAAAGAGAGAGGCACAAAUUCGCUUUCAUCGUGGCCUGGAACGACGUCGAGGGGAAGUUCGCCAUAACCUGCCACAACAGAACCGUGCAGAGACGGGCCACUUUCCUGGACCCGCUGCUCGACUUCAGCCCCGGCGCCGCUGUGCCUCCUGCCCCCGGAGCCUCCGGGGCAGAAAAGCACGCUAAAAGUCCAGGCACCAAGAGGAGAGACGAGGCUAAAGUUAGACCCCACUCCGUCCCCAAAGGGAAGCCCACAACAAAGCCCGGUGCCGGGGAUAAGAAGGCUUUAAAAGCCGGUGGCUCACAGACAUUAGAGUGUAUCAGCCACACGUUAGGGUCCUGGGACAUCGUGACUCCCAAGGUGAUGGACAUCGAGAUCCUGGAGCCCGUGGAUGUCCUGCUGUCUCCGGAUGACUCCGACCCAGGGGACGGUGACGCCGGCGGCCGCGAGGACUUCAGCUGGGCCGGGCUGUUCUCCUUCCAGGACCUGAGGGCGGCCCACCUCCUGCUGUGCUCCGUCAACUCGGACCUGGAGCCGUGUCUGCCGUGUUUCCCGGAGGAGCCGACCGGAGUUUGGACGGUGCUCUUCGGUUCCACCGGGGUGUCGCAGCGGGAGACCGAGGCCCUGUGCUACCAGCUGCAGGUGUACCUGGGUCAUGCCCUGGACACCUGCGGCUGGAAGAUCCUGUCGCAGGUGCUUUUCUCCGGGGGCGACGACACGGAGGAGUACUACGAGAGCCUGAGCGAGCUGAGGCAGAAGGGCUUCGAGGACGCGCAGGACCGGGCCAAGAGACGCAUGCAAGAGGUGUUGGACAAGCACAAAGCCAUGGACAGCAUGGUGGAGCUGCUGCAGGUGUACCCUGAGGAGGACGAGGCGUAUGCAGAGCUGCUGGAGGCAACGACUCAGCUAUACCACUACCUGCUUCAGCCUUUCAGGGACAUGAGGGAGCUGGGAAUGCUGCGCAGACAGCAGAUAAAGAUCUCUCUGGAGACGGAGCGGCUGGGUCCUCGUCGUGUGGAAGGCCUGAGGAGGGAGGAUGAGGAGUGGCAGAAGAAGGCCCACGCCGCCGUGCUCUCCAUACAGGACCUGACCGUCAAGUUCUUCGAAACCACGACUCGAUCCCAGAAAGCUCUGUUUGAGCGUAUGCGUGCUGACCAGAAGAAGUUUGGCAAGUCGGCGUGGGCAGCAGCAGUUGAACGCAUGGAGCGUCUGCAGUACAAUUUCUCCAGAGAAACUCUGCAGCUGAUGAGGGCCAAAGAAAUCUGCCUGGAGCAGAGGAAACACGGCCUGAAGGAGGAGAUGCAGGGUCUGCAAGGUGGGGAGGAGGCCAUGCUGCGUCUGGACCAGCUGGAGGCACUGUACUACGAGUUGCAGAUGCAGCUGUAUGACAUCCAGGCGGAGGUGCUGUGCUGCGAAGAGCUGCUGCUCAACUCUCAGCUGCAGAGUCUGCGCAGGCAGAUGACAGAGCGUCAGGAUGAGGUUGUGUACUACGAUGCCUUUGAGAGCCCCGACGCCAUGAAGGGAGAAGAAGACCCCGCAUCGCCGCCCUCCCCCCUCAGGGACGAAGACCUGAGCGUCCUGCAGCAGAGGACGCGGCAGCUCGAGGCUCGCCGGGGUCGCAUCACCACCAAGAAAGUCUACCUCAAAAACAAGAAGGAAAUCUGUAUAGUCAAUCACAACCAGAAGAUACAGCAGCGAGGCCAAGGCUGCCCUGCUGACAGCAGUUCUCCUCAGCCACUGCAACAGGGAGGAGAAUAUGAAGCAGACGAUGAAGCCAAACAAAAUGCCCGGGUGAGUCAGGAUAGGCAGAGGACGCUGGACAGACUGCGAAGCCUCAAUCAGCGUUAUCCGGGCCAGGUGACUCUGAAGUCCAGCCGGCUGCGUCUGAGUCAGGGUCACAGUCGGAGGAGGGCGGGUCAGCAGCCGAACACGCAGGCAGCCGGCGUUCAGACCGACUGCAUCUCCGACCUCCCCCAGCUCUACGCUCCUCCGCCCGACGCCUGCGGCUGCGACACCAUGUCUCUACCGACGGUUGACCUCAAAAGCCUGGCCUCUUCGCCUCCCUUCCUCUCGCUGCCUCCCCUCUCUGCUCCCCCAUCUGUUCUGUCAGCGGGUCCUCCACCACCUCCUCCUCCUCCGCCCCCUCCACCACCUCCUCCCUCGGAGCAACAGCAGGGCGAGGACGGGGACAGGAACCCUGCAGCAGGCAGUCCGGGGCUGCAACAUGAGUCAGAACCCUCCUCGCUGCCCCUGGCUCCAUUUUCCCCUCGAUUCUUUGACAGCAGCCAGCUGCUGAAUGCGAGGACGAAGCUGAGGAAGACGGCCUCGCUCGACUCCUCACAGUGGAGGAGAGCGAGCUCCCCCAUGGACGAAGUGCUGGCUUCUCUGAAACGCGGCAGUUUCCACCUGAGGAAGGCCGAGCUGCGAGUCCUGGCCCCGGACCCGGACGACGACAGCGAAAACAUCCUGGCCCAGAUCAGGCAGGGCGUCCGGCUGAAGAAGGUCCGCACCCGGCCGGAGCACCAGCAGCGUCAGGCCAGGAGCUUCCUCCACUCGGCCGACGCUCUGACCCGCAGCAUCCACGAGGCUCUGAGGAGAAUCAAGGAGGCCUCACCAGAGUCCGAGUCUGAGGACGAGGGCCUCCCGUGCACUGACUGGGAAAACUAGUUCAUCAGAAGGAUCUUUUUCUUUUUUUUUUUACUUCUCUCUUUCAUGGAUGUGUGGAGCCAAAAUGAAGAGUUACUGUACAAUGGCUGAAGUUAAGCGGACACCUCAGACUUUUAUCACGUGUUUGAACAAGAAAACCCUUGAUUCACUUUUUUAAAUAUCAGACAAGCGGCUCAAUUAGUUUCAUACUUGUGCGUGUGGUUUGUAGAAGACGGACCACUAAGGUUGUUUUUUUUUUUAUGUCGCUGCUGUGGCGUUCUCGGCGAGGACACAACCUCUGACCUCCCGGGGAAUCCAUCCACAUGUUGGAGUCGUACUGUACUGUAGCUUGCUGUGAUGGGUUUGUUUGAAGAAGUGAGUAUUUUGUCUUUUCUUUUCACCUCUCUCUCUCUCGCUCUCUCACUGUCAAAGCACUCAGACGCUCCACCAAUAACUUUUCUGUAUGAUUUUUACAUUACAAACAUACAUAGGAAAUGUCAGUGCAUAAGAAUCCCUAAACAUGCACAUGUAUGCAGGACAAGACAAUUCACACUCACUGAAAGAAGUAAUUGGACAUUUUGGAAGAUAAGGCCGCUGCUGCUGCUUCAUGUUUCACUUUUCAGACAUGAACUCCGGAGAAUGUCCGCACGAUUGGGUCCGGACCUUCUCCAGAGUUUCUCUUUCACACAUGAACAACACAGCAGGAGACUCAUUUCAUGUGUGAAAGCAGCUUUUCACAACUGACACUUGUUCUAAUCUUCUCAGCUGGAAUAAGUGAGUUUCCCAAAAUGUUGAACUAUUCCGUUAAUUAGUCUGAUAUGAGAAGUGGAGCUACACGACUGAAAGUUGCACAUUUUGGUUUAUGGGUCAUUUUCACCAACCUGGUGUUACAAUGCCAGAACCAGCAUUGUACUGGUGUAUUUGGGGAAUUAGCCAUAGUUCUUAAAGCAUUUUCACUUAUACAAAGUAAAAAUAUGAUACAACACGAGGAAGGGGUUUGUGACAAAGAUGCAGCUUAUGGUGAAAGUUAAAUUCAGAGCAUCACAUUCUUUCUCUGGGUUAGAGCUCAGCACAGGAUUGUAAGAUUCAGUGGGACCUUUACUUUACGAGUACAUCAUUGUAUCAAAUAUCCACAGCAAGUAAACUUCCGCAAAUCAUUAAAUUAUCCUGGAAAAAUAGAGACACCAGCAGAACUUGAGCCUGAGAAUUGUCACAUUUUUAAGUUUUUUUUCAGUAUCAAAAUAAUCCACUGGUAGUCCCAUGGCUACAUUGCACAGUGGAACUUCUAAUAGGUAAUUUAUUAUAUUUUAAAUGGCUUUAAAAUCUGACAAAAUCUCAACAAGCAUAGGCCAAAAAACCAACUAACAAAAAAAGCAGGGCUCGCGUUGUAGCCUAAAGUGAGCUAACUGAAUCCAGGACAUUAUCUAGACUUUAUACUAUAGCAAAUACAUAAUGUAGCUGAUGGAACUGUACUAUAAAGUGAGAUCCUUCAUAUUAGGUUAUGAUCCAAAUAACCAGCUUACCUCCCACACUGGAUCACACUGAAGCUCAGCACUAUAUAAAUACAGACCACUUACAGCUCACAAGAGUAUAUAUAUUUUUUCAGAGACGUUUAAAUUCAUCAUUUCUGAAGCAGCGUUGGAAAUAUUAGCUGGUCAGCUAGUUUUACUGAUCGUUAUUCAUCCUAAACAACUUUUUAAGUUGUCCAAACACAGUAUUUUGACACAAAAUGGAGGAAUAGAUAUGCAGUUAUAUUUAAUUUGUGGCCAAUAUUCCCUCUGAUGAAUAACAAGCUCCACUGUGGUCACCCUAUGUUAAGUUACUCUUCAACAAAAAGGAAACCAUCCCAGUAAGAAGUCAUAGUAAACCGUGGUGGAAACUGAUCAUAAAAAUAGGUUUUGUGAACAUUAAAUCAUUAUUAGAAUCGCUCGACAGAAGAUCAGCAGUUAUUUUCAUAAUUAAUAGUUUUUUCAGGCAAAGACUCUGAUUAUUCUCUGGUUUCAGCUUCUCAAACGUAACCAUUCCCAUCGAUUUUACUGUUUUUAUACUGUAAAUUGAAAAUAUUUAAGCUUCUGACUAAUGGGCGGACAAAAGGAGACAUUUAUAGAUGUCACCUUGGGCUUUAGGAAAUUGUAACAGGCAAUUUUUUUUUACUAUUUUAUACACAAAAUCAAUUAGUUGAAAAAGGCAUUCAUGAAGUCUUGAAAAGAUCUUCAGGAAGUGGGGAAAUGUUUAAAAGUUUUUUAAAAAG